UGCAUUGGACAAUCAGUGCAAUAAUAGGUGCGAAAAGUGCAGUGUGAAUGGAAGAAAAUAUUUCAAGUUUAAUUUUAUCAAGAAAAAAUUUGACAAAAGCGCGAAAAAUAUCUCACAGAUUCUGCCAUUCGUUUGAAUAAAACAACUCGUUUAAAUAUAACUUCCACUCUGUUAAAUACUCAAGUACAUAAUGGGCAGUUCUUGCUCACGCAAUAAGGAAAUCCCAACUGUGAAUGAAAGUUCCGGCAACGGCAAUGUUAAGCGCACAUACAACGACAGUAACAGCUGUUUAUUGGCAGUGCAAUUCGAUAAUGAGAACUCCAUAAGGGUCUUGAAAUACAAUAGCACCAAAGAAGAUUGGACGAUUUGUCACGAAAUUCCCGUGAAGGGCCUGUAUCGUACAUCAAUUGUGAAACAAUAUUUGCUCUUCCACGAUUGGCAUGAUGGCCUACGGAUAUGCUGCUACGAUACAACAACACGUGCCAUACGCACAUUGAAGCCGCUUAAAAUAGAGCAGCCUCAGUGGCGUUGUUAUUGCGCUGUCGAAUUUCAGGAACGUCUGUACUUAAUCGGGGCGGAUAGUGAUGAUAAUCGUAAAGUAUAUAUCUGGGAUCCGGAGAACGACCAUUUGAGCGCUGCACCCAAACUGAUAGUUGGACGCACAAGAGCCACAGCAUUGAAGCAUGAGGGCUAUUUGUACUUGGCAGGCGGUAUGGUCACCAAUCUGGGCUAUGAUCACGAUUCGAAUGCUGUCGAGCGUUACAAUCCACGUCGGCGUUGUUGGGAGCAAUGCGCUUCGCUGCAGCAGGCGCGCGGCGUGCCGGGGAUGGCCUCCGCUGGCGUUUAUAUUUACGCCAUUGGUGGUGACUGCAAUGAUAUACCUACAAAUAUGGUGGAACGAUACGACACGCGCAUCAACAAGUGGACGCAGAUAAUCGCCAUGCAAGUACCCAAAGUUUUCGCUGCCUGUGUUUACUACAACAAUCGCCUCUUGGUCUGCGGCAAUACGACAAAUAAGCAGAAUUGCUCAUACGUCGAGGAAUUUGAUGAGGCGACCAAAAAAUGGUGCCGAAAAAAUGAUAUGCCCUUGGAAGGACCAUUCUCGUAUGUAUUGGCGACGCCAGCGUGGACCAUGCAGUUGGAAUCGCUCAAUUGAGAAAACGAAAAAUAAUAAAAAAAUUAAGUUAGGAAUGGAGAUGAGUAAUUUUAGGGCAACGCUUAACAAAUUUAAUAGGCCACAAAUUAUGUGCCUAAUCAAAAGUAGUAACACUGGUGCAAUAUUUUAAGUGAAAAUAAGUGGUAGUGAGUAAAGCAGAAAAAAUAUAUAAUUUUUCAUAUUAUUGUAUAAUUUUUUUCUAAAAACAUAUUUUCGAAAAUUAACUGAAAAAACUGUAAUGGCCUGUGUGGUGUUGCAAAAAGAUUUUACGAUUCCAGUUAAUAAUAGAAAAGUAUUUGAAAUAAAAUUGAAUUGAUGUUAAAGAAAUAUGAAUAUUUAUUUAAAAAAUUCAAAACGCAAGAAUCAGAUCAAGGUGAUAAAAAUGUAUAUAAAACAUAAAAUAUAAAAAAAGUAUAC